AUGUCGGUCUCGAUUAUCAUCAACAGUCCUUUACAGCUUCAUAUCCUAGCGAGGAAGCGCAAAAUCACACCGUCGGCUGAGCAAUCAUUGUCAAAGACAACAUUGGUCCUUGCAACGCCAAGCAAAGGGCCAAGCAACAUUAGUCAAAGCAGUACAUUAUUUAUCCAACCAUUCUAUGGCCCAAAGCAGAUGUAUCCUUCAGGCAUCGCUACUAUUCUUAAUCAUUAUACGCACAACCACACGCCUCCUGCCGAGAAGCACGAGAAUGAGGAACUCUGGCACAACCGUCAUGUGCUUAUACCAUACAACCUACAAGAACAGAGCAAUAAUAUUAUUACAGAUGGCGAACUUUGUUCCCUUCUUCAUAGUAUCUUUCCUGGCACGGAAAAUGUCACGGAACCUUGCUUUCGUGGCUAUUUGAUCUUUCAAGUCAAGCAGCUACCAAGCGCGCCGUGGCCCCUCACAGUAGGAGGUUUACCUAUCACCGUCUCCGAGACUCGAUCCGGGAGAGGUCGUGCACUUAUGUUUCCAAGAGCGAUGCCGGGAAGGCUCUCUAUCUCGAUCUUGCAGAGCGGGUUUGAUGGCACCAACAUGUCCGACGGGGGUCUUCGUCAAUUAGCUCGUGAUGUCAACACCUAUUUCCAGCUUAACCUGCCGGCCGUUCAUAUAAUUGAGUUGAUGUUCACAUGUCAGCAUACUUUCUUCAUAGUCAUCGAUGACCAUGCCGAACUGAAGACUGGCGAGUGGCCUGGGAAAAUUGCGAAUUACCCGGUGGCCUACCUUCAUGACAAGGAUCUCAACAGACCAGCCUGGAUAGAUAAACCCGACAGACGAGAAACCGAGCCGCAUCCGUCGAUGGAAAUAGCAGACGACACAGCGUAUGAUGUACUACGGCCAGGAGUGAUGAUCAGCAGUUCCAUCAUUACAGGAGCUUCUCAUCCAGCAACGCUUUCUAGCACAGCCGGCGUUCUUGUCAAGAAUACUACCGGCGAUAGCUUUAUGACAGCGGCUUUUCACGCCGUCGGUGAUUCUGAGAGGGUCUGGCAGUCGCGUCGCCCGGCAGAAACUAUCGGGAAGGUCGCUGUCGAGAUCCCCUUUACUGGUAUUUGCUUGGUAAAAUUGGAGAGAAGUAUUUCAUUCUCGAAUCAGACAUUUGAGAUCAAUGAAGGUAUUGUCCCUCAGUUUACAAGACUAGCCACCUCAGGUGAUGAGUUCAGCUUCUCAACAUGUUACCUUAAUAGCCCAUACACCGGCCUGUUGGAUUCAGUCAUCAUAGCGAAGUCUAUCAAGAUUCAAGCAGAGAGAACCCCUCAUUCAAUAGAGGAGAGGCUUCGUUAUGUAGCAUAUGACUGGUUAUACCAUGGACAAGAAGAAGGCAAUAUCAAAGCUAAACUACCUGAUGGCAUGUGUGGAUCUGUGAUUUGGAAUGACGAAGGGGUUAUCCAGGGGUUCUACCAAUUUUCCAUCAAAGAGGGUUCAUGGAAAGGGUUUUCUGCUUGUGUCAGUGCUAGUGAGGUAGUAGAGUCCGGCUACACUCUAGUAGCAUAA